AUGUGUUACAAUAUUAUUGUAAUUAUUUUUCCACCAUGUGAAAAUACCUAUGAUUAUUCUCAACUUACAUGUGGUGAUCCCCUUUGUUAUUAUGAAUUUGACUCAGUAGCAAUGUGGGAUGUUAUAGUUAAUGAUUUAAUACCUACAAUAGUUAUUAUUUACUGCAGUAUUGCUCUUCUUUUACGUGUCAUCUGUCAAAAAUUUCGCAUGCAUCGAACAAUUCGUUGGCGAAAUCAUCGAAAGAUGACGAUUCAAGUAUUAGCAAUUUCACUUCUGUAUCUUUUCAUAUACGUACCAACACUGUUAUUAGAAUUUAUUCAUCGUUGUGGCGUUCCUGAAGAAGUUGGUGCCAGCUUUAUGUUAUAUGCAGAAUUCUUUAAGUAUUAUGGCAAUCUUUUAUUACCUUUUGUAUGUGCUGUAUCAAUGCCUGAACUCAACAAACACAUUAACAAAAUAUUUUCAUAUUGCCGACGACAAACACAAGCAGUUGGCCCUCAACCAUUGACAUUAGCACGUCAUGUAGUUGGUCCACCAUUAAUAGUCAGAGUUAUUGUUUCAUGA